UUUCACAAGCUUGCGUCCGUUUUACUAUUUCAAGCGCCGGAACGGACAGUGCAGACACGUUCUUCAUGGGCGCGACGGGAUCGUGCGAGGUGUUUGGCGACGGUGAGCUCGAGGCCGAGCUCACCAAGCGCGGCGGCCGUGGCGACCUCAGCGUCACGCAGGCCGUGCAGAGCGGCUACAACCAGAUGAUCUCGUGGCUCCUCCAGCCGCCGCGCAAGACGUAUACCCUUGACCAGCUCGGCCCGUUGACGUGGACGCUCGGCGACAGCUGCAUCACGCGCACCGACUUCAACGUCGUGUGCAACAGCGUCAGUACCAACGAGCCGUACAGCGUGCGCGGCUACCUCUGGCGCGCCGCCAACGAGGGCCGGUCGUUGGUCGUCUACAUGCACUCCAACAUGGCGUCGUCGAUCGAUGCAAUCCCCAUACGUGACGCAUGUCUCGGUGCGGGAUUCGCCUUUGCGGCCUUUGACUUUGGCGGCUGCGGGCUCUCGACGGGCCCAUUUGUCACCGGCGGGUUCGAAGAGCGGUUGCAGCUGCAGGCUGUGCUGUCAACAUUAAGCGCGUUGGAGCCAGCAUACAAGCAAGUCUUUCUGUGGGGCCACAGCCUCGGUGCGGCGACAGCACUCGAGUUCACCGCGAUGGCGCCAGAAGGAGACACUACUGUGGCCGGCCUCGUCCUCGACAGCCCGUACACCUCGCUCGCGGAUAUGAUUCAGAGCUGCUUUGAAAACGCCAAGAGCCAAGGACUGUACCUUCCGGGAUUUGUGCUGUGGAUGACAAUGGCGCUCGCACGCAAGAGCAUCCAAUCGCGCGCUGGUUUCUCUGUCGACGCUGUGCACCCGGAAAAUGCAAGUCGCAAGUGCCACGUACCUGCGCUCUUCUUCAGCGGAUCCCACGAUUUGUAUGUGCCCCCCACUAUGGCGUCGCGCGUGCAUGACGCGUACGGCGGCCCUGCCACGCCCAUGACGUUCGAUGGCGAUCAUUACGGGCAGCGACCGAUUGGCGUCCAGAAGGGCGCCAUCACCUUUCUCAAGUCGCUCGCCACAAACUCUUAACUCUCCCAGACCUAAAGGCAUCAUCAACCAGUGCUGCCAACCUUUAUGAUUCUUCAAUGCUUGCUUGCAUGUGACGGACGUAGAGUGAGCAAAGACCAAGGCCAGCCUGCGUCCAAGAGACUAUGCAAAGCGGUCGACCACGGUAGACGGCGGAGCAACCGGAAGCGCGAUGCAGCCAGCGGGAUUUAGCGUCAUUGAAUGCACGUGUACCUCGGUCCAUACCGGUACUAGUACAAGGCGGAUGCGAGUCCUUGCCAAAAAUCUCUACUCGCUAAAGGCAAGCACACUGGCGGGUCGUUCUUCUGACGCGCCGUGUGAUGGACCGUUGCCAUCGUUGACGCGAUCAACGGGACAUGAUCCGGGCCUCGUCAUGUAAGAUGCAAAUGCUAUUAACGUCCAUAUCUACGUAAA